GUGACUCUACCAAGGCAAUUGAAUCAGCCUAUACAGACGCUGUUGCAAGUGCAAUGAAAGUGAAACCACAAAGUGACUCAACCGAGCCAAUUAAAUCAGCCCAUACAGAAGAUAUUGCAAGUACAAUGGAAGAAAAACAACAACCAAAAAGUGACUCUUCCGAGGUAAUUAAAUCAGCCCAUACAGACGCCGUUGAUAGUACAACAUCACAACAAGAAACGGAAGAUGCAGUUUCUAAUAGGAGCAGUGAGAACUCUGACAGUACAAAACCUGUGCCUCAAGGCAGUUCCAAGUUCAAAAAUAUUGAAGAUACAGCUAGAACUGAGCGAGUUGAAAAGAAUAUCAAUAAACUCAUGGAAAGAUUGAAAGAUGUUAAAGAUCCAGAAAAAAAAGACUUUUGCUUCACAUUGUUUGAUUUUGGUGGGCAAGAAAUUUAUUAUAUUUCACAUCAGGUCUUUAUGCAUGGUAAAUUCUUGUACAUAAUUGUGACAGAUAUUUCCAAGGAACUGGAUGAACCAGUUACUGAUCAAAAAGGGCAAAUGAAGAUUCAUCAUGAACUGAAAACAGCAAGGGACUUUAUUCUCUACUGGGCAAAUACAAUACUGACAUAUGCUACACACAGUGAAGAUAAUAAGUACCCAAAGAUAGUAGUUGUUGCAACUAAAGCAGAUAAGAUAUCAAAGAAGGAGGCUAUAACACGUCUACAUGAAAUUAAUACAUUUCUGUCAGACGUACUUAGCCAGAAAUUAGCCGUGAAAAUCGCAGCUCUUUAUGCUAUCAACAAUAAAGUCCCGGAAGUGGUUUAUUCCAUAGAUGGUGGUGAUGAGGAAAGUGGUACUAUGUCAUUGCUUAAAGAUAAACUUGAGGAUAUUUUAACGUCGGAUUGGUUCAAGUAUGAAGUUAAAUGCAAGUGGUUGGAGUUCGAACUUCAACUGAAAGCCACAGUUGCUGAUACAAAGAGGCCUAUUAAGACAAUCAAAGAGGCUCGUAAGCUAGCACAUGAGAUGAGCAUGAAUGAAGAGGACUGUAACAAGGCGCUGGAGUUUUACUACAGGAUUGGGGAGAUGAUUGGUCUGGAAGAGGAAGUUGGUAUUAAACCAGAGUGGUUUGCAGAGUUGUUCAGGAUCGUUAUUACCUGCGCAUUGGAUAAAUUUCGUCGUGCAGGACAAACAUGCUUCCUUAAACCCUUACAAGAACAUGGCAAGCUGAAAGAAGAGCUUUUAGAUUGUGUGUUUGAAACAAACAAAAGACAAGAAGAUAAGAAUAUCUUGAUUGAAUUAUUCAAGAAGUUUGAUAUUAUUUGUGAAGUAAACCAAUCACAACCAGCACAACCAGGCAAGCAAGAAUUUAUAAUGCCAUGUAUGCUGACCAGCAACGCAUCUACUAUUCAAGAUAAACCCAACACAACAACAAGUCCUCCUCUGCAUUAUCACUUUCCAGACAAUUUUCUUCCCAGUGCAGUUUUCCAUCAGUUAGUGGUGAGGUGUAUAUCUGUAUUGCAAAGUCAGUCAAAACAGCCAUGUCAGUCAUAUCCACCAGAAUUAUCCAAACAUGCAGCACGGUAUUAUUGGAAUGCCUCAACUAUCAUUACUCUAAAGAAGGAAGAUUCUGACAUAGCUCUGACAGUGACAUUUGAAGACCUUGAUGAUGAUGAUGAUGAUGAUGAGGAUGAUGAUGAGGAUGAUGAAAUUUCCAAUCAGUCACGCUGUGGUCCAGAAAUCAGAAAAUUUGUAGACGGUAACUUGAACGAAAUCAUCAAGAAAUACAGGCCUGGUUUAUCAUAUGAGUACAGUUUAAAGUGUCCCUGUGGUGAACAUGAUCUGUCCAAUAUAAAAGAAGAUGAUGGAUGUGUUCUUAUUGGUUCAUCAAAAGAAGUUGAAUGUUGUUGUAAUAACAAAUACCGAUGCAAUAAAGGGAAACUACAGAAAUUUCCUGACUUAUCAUUCUGGUUUGACUCAACUGACCCAAGUAAUGGAAAGUCCUCAUACUCGGCUACCGGUGCUUCGUGUAUCGGGACGUCGAGCAGGAGACCCGAUGGUGGAGGACAUACGCUGUACAAACCACCCACCCCAUCCUGCCCGCUCGCCCGCCCGCCAACCAGCCAAGGUUCGCCACGCGGUACCGGACUUAACAAUUUACCUUCAAGUCUGAGUUCCGACGUGGGUUUCGACUCCCUUCUUGCCGAUCCACAGGCGUUCCCAGAGCUGAGAGGUGGCAGUUCGUUCGCAUCGGAUACAGUGGGUACCUCGGGUGGCCCCUGA